GGAGAGCACGGUUUUUCCCCAGGCGAUUCUCCCCAAUAUUAUCCUGGUCACUUUCCAUUAGCCAGCAGUCGCCACCAGUCCGCGGUCACUGGCCACCGACGAGCUUCCACGUCGAAAGAGAGCAAGAACAGCGAACAUGGACUGAUCCUCGCCGUCUCAGGAUCGCCGUUUCGUCGUUAUCGUCAGUCCAGCUAUCACAAGAAACGCUGUGUUUUCGGGCUGUGAAGAUCCGAAGCAAGCCGUACGCGUUUUGAAGCUUCAUCGCUGGCCGCGCACUCUCACCGGCGGCGACACUUCUGGGACCCGCCUCGUGCAAGGUUGACCGGCAACCGCAACCGAGAACUCCUCCUUGACGAGGGUCUCUCGUGUCCAAACCAUGUUCUUGCUUCUGAUCCUGGUGUCGCUCUUCCUCAGUUCUCUGCAAGCUUAUUCUUCUGCUUCCUCUUCAAGUCUUGAGCCUGCAAAUUUCUUUUUCGCUUCUUUCACCGGCUCUUGCGCCGGUGAAGAGCUCAUUUGCAUGGGCUCGGCGAGCAUGCAAGAUGGGUAUUUGAACAUCACACCGGAGCUGGAGGAGCUGGGUAAUUCAAGCCCGAAUACGACAAACAAGGUAGGGCGGGUUCUUUAUUCCCGGCCAGUGGUUGCUUGGCCUGCCAUGAUCUCCACCACGUUCACCGUCAGGAUCACCACAUUGCCGAAUUCCACAGUCUCUGGCGACGGGAUGGCUUUUCUUUUCGCGCAGGACAAUAGCUCCUCACCACCGAACAGUUACGGCUCGUUCAUGGGGAUUCUUGAUGAGUCCACUCAAGGCGGAGUUGUUCGACAACUAGCCGUGGAGCUGGACACCUACAUGAACGAGUUUGAUCCCGACGGGAACCACGUAGGCAUAGACACGACGAGCACUAUUAGCCCAGUCGCUGCCCAAAGCCUAAACAGCACAGGAGUGGACCUAAAAAGUGGAAGGGACAUCAGAGUCAGAAUUGACUAUGACGGCUAUAAACAUAAACUCCAAAUCUCAGUGGCGUAUUCUGGGAAUUCGCUUAUAAGUGUUCUCAAUCAUUCGAUCAGAAUGUUGGAAACGGUCCCUAGUCUCGUGUAUGUGGGCUUUUCGGGAUCUACUGGUCCUCUUCCCGAAAGUCACCAGGUCAUUAACUGGGCAUUCAGCUCUUUUCCUAUAUCUUUGGAGGAGGAGCGGCUCAAGAGAGGCAACAGGAUCAAAACCAUACUGGUUCUGGUUGUGCCAAGCGUGAUGAUGCUAUCGUUCAUCGUGAUAUGCAUCUGCCUACUCGUUAAGAAAGCACAGAGGAAGAGAAACAAGAAGAACGCCGACAUGGAAAACCAAUCAAGGUUGGCUGCAAACGUUCCAAAAAUGUUCACCUACAAGGAGCUAGCGAAGGCCACUCACAACUUCAGCAAGGAGAACCUGCUCGGCACCGGCGGUUUUGGAAGCGUUUACAAAGGGGUGAUCUCAGAUCCUCCGGUCGAAAUAGCCGUGAAAAAGAUCUCGGCAACCUCGAAACAAGGUGAAAGAGAGUAUCUGGCAGAGAUAUGCACAAUUGGGAGGAUGAGGCACAAGAACAUAGUACAGCUCCAAGGUUGGUGCCACGAGGGGGAACAACUUCUACUAGUCUACCCAUAUAUGGCCAACGGUAGCCUUGACCACUACAUCGGCAAGCAGUCCCUCAGCUGGGAGACCCGGUACGAGAUCCUGAUUGGCCUGGCCUCGGCGCUACUCUACCUCCACGAAGAAUGCGGGAACCCUGUGGUCCAUCGGGACGUCAAGCCAAACAAUGUCAUGCUGGACUCCAACUACAAUGCCUACUUGGGUGACUUUGGGCUCGCAAGGCUGCUCCAGAACAACUCCUCAGUGACAACCAUGCUCGCGGGCACCCCUGGGUACCUGGCCCCAGAGGCAGCAUACUCAGGGAAGGCCACGCCGGAGUUGGACGUGUACAGCUUUGGGAUGGUGGUCCUGGAGGUGGUGUCCGGGAGGAGGUCAAAUGGGAUCAUGGAAGAGAACAAUUUGGUGGAUCAUGUGUGGAGUCUCUACGGAGGAGGCUCACUCUUGGAGUGUGUGGAUGGGCAAAUGGAAGGCCAAUUUGAGGAUGAGCAAGUGAAGAGGGCGCUGAUAGUAGGGCUUGCUUGCCUACACCCGAACUCUGCGUCCAGGCCGACGAUGCGAAAGGUGGUCCAGAUCUUCCUGAACCCAGACGAGCCACUGAUGGAGUUGCCCAAGUCCCGCCCCAGCGUGGUCUACGUGCCGGUCUCAUUCUCGGGCGCGGCCACCGUCGCCCUCUCCUCCAGGACCAGGUCCACCUUCUCUCCCUCACUGCGCAAUUCGCUGCACGAGAUAGAACUCGAGGAGCAACAGGGGAUGCUGGGGUUGCGCUGAUGGCCACGAGAAUUAAAGACCGUAUCAGAAAAUUCCACGCGAUUCACGUCCUAAUCAUACAGGAAUGAGUUUUACUAUGCUACAAUGUUGUGCAGGAUGAAUACUCUUUGAAGCUAGCUGUGUUGUAUUUUACAUUCCUCUGUGAAUAUCUACAUCCUUACAUGAACUAGGGAAACGCCAGUAUGUACGUUGUUCGACAAAAAUGAAAUCGAGCUGGAGUUGGUUCAA